GGACAAAGACUCGCAACAAUUUGACGAUGGAAAGAUGGACUAUAAAACUAGAAAAUGUGUGCCUUUGCAGUGACAAAUCUAGUCAAAACAUUGAAUACACUUCACUCAUGCAUUAUUAUUAUUAUUCUUCAAAAUAUAUACAGUGCCCCGAUCCGUCAUUACUGGGAAAGGGGCUGUACACUCUAAGGACCAGUUUCGCAGACACAGAUUAAGCCUAGUGUAGGACUACAAAAACAAGCUCAAUGGAGUGUUCUAUUGAACCUGAUUUUUUUGUCCUAGACUAGGCUUAAUCCGAGUCUGCGAAACUGGCCCUGAAUGUUUGUAUUUCAAAUCAAUAACUGCCUGAAAUCAGUCACCACACCAGAUGCUUGGCAUCUUCUCGGCUCAUGCAAUGGCAGGCUUGUACUGUCGCCAUUGUCUGCUGCAAGUUUCGGAUUGCUGAGCUCACCAGAGCUAUUCGUCCUUCACGGAUUUUGCUUACAGGUCUUAUUAGUUAGCCUGUACGGUUUUAGCUAUAUUUGGUCCUCUUGUUGGUUGACACCAAAGCGUUUGGUAAAUAAAAAAAAAAAAUGCUUCCACUGGGUGGCAACGAUGUACCUUACCUCGAAAACAUUCACCAACAUGGGAGAAAGAAGAAGGGCCGACCGUUACCAUGGAACUGUUGAUAAACAGACCGGACUACCAAGAGAAGUUCUGAAGUGGCUGCAAAGCCUGGAUUUGUCGUUUUUUCCAAAGAACCUGCGCAGGGAUUUUUCUAAUGGCUUCCUUGUGGCGGAGUUGUUCUCCUGGUAUUAUCCAGAAGACUUUCCAAUGCACUCCUAUGACAAUGGGACAUCACUUCCGACCAAACAAGGCAACUGGGCACAAAUCGAGAGGUUUCUAGCAAAACAGAACAUCAAUUUUCUGAAGGAGGCUAUGGAUGGUACCAUCCACUGCAAACCAGGGGCAGCUGAGCUGUUAGUGCAGGAGAUAUACACUGUCCUAACUAACAGGAGGAUCAAAGGGUUGCAAGACAGAGAGAUUGACUUCACAGACAGGGACUACCAGGAGCAGCUACCCAUGGUAGCUCGGGCAACAGCCUCAAAGGCUAUUAAGAACAACCUGCGACUGACUGAGGUCCUAGCUGAGCCCAGCAUCUCCACCAACCAGAGGAAGGUGCAGGCUAUCAUCCACAUGCACCUGGAGCGGAGGGCGGCCGAGAGAGCCCAGAACCCCAAGCGUUUUAACGUAAAGCCUACCCUGGGUGAACUGGCCGUGAGACUGCCCCCAUCCUCGCAGCGCAGAGAGGACGUCUCCGAUGGCAACGCUGGAACACACGCUGGAAACCACUAGAGGUUCCGGUGCGUCAGAUGGAAUAGAAGACCAAGAGUUUCCUGUGUGUAUGUGAGAGAUUCCUCUGACACCAUACAUUUUAUAAAAGUACCCUUUAUUUUCGCUAUGGUCCAGUGCGAGUAUAGAACUUACUAUGGAAGGUAUUAUCUUAAAGGUUUUGUUGUAAGAGUGGUUCAUUGGUACAUUACAUUUACAGUAGCUCAACUUUUAGUAUUUGCUCUACAAAUACAGUUUAAGCUAGUUACCAGCAGGUGGCGGUGCUGUGUGUGAUUAAUAAUCAUGGGCGAGGCUGGCUGCAAAAUCGAAGUGCAAUCCACGACUGUUUUGAUCAAAUAACAUUCCAGUUAUUAGCAGGAAAGCUGUAAAUAAAAUGUAUUUUAAUUGGACAUUACUUUUAUCUGUUGAUCUCAUCUGAUGUAAUGUACUGUCACGUGUGUUGUCGCAUUCUUCUCACCAUCACUUUCAUCAUGACCAGAACCAUGAACUAAUGUUUAUUUUAAACCCAUGACUGACGAUGCCUGGUCAGUUUUGACCGAGCACGUUUGAACCCAAGUUCUCCAACUCCGGAAGACUGAAACAGUUCCAUUUUCGGUUGGCAGUUGUGCCCCGGUUUGAGUCAGCAAAGAUAAGGGAAGAAAUUACAAGAUCCUGCUGGUUCCUCCCUGACAGCUAGACUGAUUACCCAAAGCAAAGUAGACUUUUCAAUAGAUUCUGUCUACACAAAGUCAGUCAAAUCAUGCAUUUGUAUCUGCACUCAAUUUCUCAAUUUCCAACCUCCAAAUGAAAACGUCUCACCUGCUUAUUAAUUAAAUAAAUGCUUGACAUAUACAGACCCCUGAAAGAUACCAAUGUUUUGUAUCAGUACCUGAUUAGUUGAGGAUAAAAAGUGAUUUCAACCUCCAUGACUGGAAAAGCAUUUUGGAACCGUAAACUUUUGCCUUACAGCCUGCAACCAAGAAAUGUGGCCCAGUUAUCAGCUACUGUAAUGAAAGUAUUUAUCAACAAUUCAAUAAUUUUGUGCAACGAAAGAAUCCUGACAGACUUUUGUUUCAGCAGUUUUCAGAAAUUGUGACUCACUCGACGAAGACCAUAUAAGGUUAAGACAUUGUGUUCUUUGUUUGCACAGCUUCCAGAUUUCCACCUCCGGGAAUGAUACAGUGAUAAGCAGAUGUUCCUCUUUGCAUUGCUCAAUAAUGAGUGCUCAGAAAUGUAAUCAUUAUGAUUCAAUGUGAGCAGCAUUUAUUAAAUGGACACCAAAUAAGCAACAGUUUGGUGGAUUGUAACUACCUUUAAUGUCAGAUACCAUGUCAGUCCAGUCCUCUUAAGAACAUACUUUACUCUGUUACAAUUUUAUUUCAAUACAUGUAAGGACAGUUGUUAUGCCUGAGUGAUUUUGAGUUCUUGUGACAGUUUAUGACAUCUGCUCUGUCAUUAUAUAACAGCGUUACACUUGUACCUUCAAAUGCACACACCCUAAAAAACACUAUGUAUUUUGGUUGGAAUUAAGUAUAUAGUAUUUGCUCGUCAUCUGGAUGAACUCUGGAAUAUUUUCUGAUGGAUAAUUUAAAUAGAAAAUCACCACUGGGGUUGAAAGAAAAUGCUUGCUGCUUCUCAUGUUUUCUCUGUCUUGGCUUGACAGUACCAAACACUUAACUCCCAAUGGGUGGCUCUGUUGGUCCUGAAUAUCUCUGCAGCUGGCACUCUUGCUGCUCUGUUUAUAAUUGAACUGUAAACUUAGUGUAAAAGGAUGACAGCAAGAUAAAUGUUUUCUGGCUGCAUGCCCAGCCCUCCUUGUGCUCUAUAAAACAGUUUCAUCAGACAGGACAAUGCACUGGUAGUCCAUUCCAUCAGACUUGACACCCCUCCAUAAGGCUACAGAUCUUCUGUAGAUCAUUCAGGGAUAAAAAACAAACAAAGAUAGACUAUAUCCAGUGAUAGGAUAUUUUCUUUAUAUUCUUCAAGAGAUGUUGAUUUAUUGAUUAUAUUAAUUACCUGAACUGUACAUACAGUAGCUUAUGCAAGAUUGCCCAUGAUUCUAGCUCUCCAAUGUGUUUUGUUGCCUUUCCAUGAAAAAGAAACAUAUAUUAACUCCCCAUGACUUCAUUCAAAGGACCCCAUGUUGUUGUCAUGGUUGUCAAAGAGAACCAAAGCCUUGUUCAAGUAUUUACCUUCUCACUGGUGUGCUGUAAAGUUUGACCUCAUUAAUCUUCCAGAUUCUGUUGAUUCCUCCCAGC